CUUUUCUCAUUCUCCCCUUGAAUUGCUACUUGGAUAAUUGUAGGUUAAUCAGUAAAAAGAAGCUUAACUCUGAGAUAUGGAAAUAGCUUUUAUAGCAUUGAUUCUAGCUGUAUUACUUGGAGCUUUUGUUUUGAUACCUCGACAUGGUAAAUCAGCCCAUAAGAACAAGGUUAAAUCAACUGUCGAUGAUCCUAAGGCAUUCAAAUCCUAUAGUAAAUCAGAAGUUAUGCUACAUAAUAAGAGGACAGAUUGUUGGGUCAUCCUUAAGGACAAGGUUUAUGAUGUUACCUCAUAUGUAGAGGAACACCCAGGUGGUGAUGCAAUCUUGGCACAUGCCGGAGAUGAUUCAACAGAAGGGUUUUUUGGGCCACAACAUGCAACUCGGGUUUUUGGCAUGAUAGACGAUUUCUACAUUGGAGAUCUUCAGAAGUGAUUUGCAAGCAACUGUCCACUGUUGGGUUGCAAGAUUAGGGAGAAAAACAUUU